AUGGGGCUGUUUUACAAUGUAGAUAAAUGGAUCGAGGAAAACAAGAAAUUCUUUAACCCCCCUGUCUGCAACAAACUCAUGCACAAUGGCCAAUUAAAGGUUAUGUUUGUUGGAGGACCUAAUGAAAGGAAAGAUUAUCACAUAGAAGAAGGAGAAGAGUUGUUUUACCAAUGCAAAGGGGACAUGUGCCUGAAGAUCAUAGAGAAAGGAAAGCAUAAAGAUGUGCACAUUCGAGAAGGAGAGAUGUUUUUGCUACCAGCUCGAAUAUCUCAUUCCCCUCAGCGACAGGCAAACACUGUGGGGCUGGUUUUUGAGAGGAUGAGGCUGAAGACAGAGCUUGAUGCGCUCAGAUACUACGUAGGCGAUUCUACUGAUGUGCUGUACGAAAAAUGGUUCUACUGCGAGGACCUGGGCACCCAGCUUGGGCCCAUAAUAAAGGAAUAUUUCUGCUCUGAAGAAUAUAAAACUGGGAAACCAAAUCCAGACAACCUGCAGAAACAACUUCCAUUUUGUUUGAAUACUGUCAGUACUGUUAUGGAGCCAUUUUCACUCCAAGAUUGGCUCUGCCAGCAGAGCCAGGAUAUUAAAGAGAAGCGGGUUGUUGACAUGUUUGGUGAUCAAUUUGAGACCAAGACGGCAGUAUAUGCAUCUGGAGAGAACGAGGGAAAUGAGAGUGCAGACACCUGGAUAUGGCAGCUGGAGGGUGCAUCUGUUGUGGUGAUGGAUGGCAAAACUACCAGUCUGACUGCAGGAGACAGCCUUCUCAUCCCAAUGAAGACUAAGUACAUUUGGAAAAGAGCUGAAGGAACUAUUGCACUUUACAUCGCACAGGAUCCAGCACUGAAGAAAUCCUAUGAAAAAUAAAGUCCUAAAGGCACA